AUCCAGUUAAUUUAUUUUCCCUCAUCAUUCCUUUACCAGCCUAACUAAACGACAGCUUUUCUUUCUCAUUUGCCAUGGCCCUUACUGAUAUCAAGACGUUGGCACAGGAACUCAGUAAGGAGUACAACGCCCCUAACCCUGACCUUGCUAAGUGCGGGCAGUAUCUGUCAAAGCUCAAGAUUGCAUUGAUUGAGCUUCAGUACCUGACACAUGAAGGCAAGCACAACAACAUCGAAGAACUGACCUUAGCACGUGAUGUGCUCGAAAUUGGCGCACAAUGGAGUGUUCGUACAAAGGACAUUCCCUCAUUCGAGAGAUACAUGGCUCAACUUCAGACUUACUACAAUGACUACAGCGAACUACCUACUUCUCCAUUGAAAUACAACUUGAUUGGCCUUAAUUUGUUAUGCCUGCUGUCGCAGAACAGAAUUUCAGACUUUCACACUGCAUUGGAGACGAUUGAAUCUCAAGAGUUACUUAACAACCCUGCGAUCCAACACCCCAUCAAAUUAGAACAAUCACUCAUGGAGGGCAGCUAUAAUCGUGUCUGGAGCUCAAGAGCGGAUGUGCCUUCGAAGGAAUAUCUUUUUUUCAUUGACAUCCUGAUGGACACUAUCAGAAACGAAAUCGCAAGUUGCAGCGAAAAAGCCUACAGCAGUCUGCCUUUGAAAGAUGCAGGAACCCUUCUGUUCUUCACAAACAUGGAAGACAUCUUGAACUUCGCAAAAGAGAGGAAUUGGAAAGUCAACCCAGUUGAACAAAAAGCUUACUUCCACUCAGAUGCAGACGAGAGGAUCAGUAUCCCAGCCAACCAGAUUAUCAAGCAGACCAUGUUUUAUGCUAGAGAUAUGGAUCGAAUCGUUUAAGCUAUGGUUCUGCCUUAUUACUAGGGAGAGUAUAUUAGGGAAAUAAAGGACUAUUAGAAGUAGGAGAGUGGCAAGGCUGCCUUAAUGCUGUAUUCAUCAAGGAAUAAAGCACUGGAAAAACGAAAAACGAUGUAGACUU